AGCGGAGCAAAAAUAAAGGUGUCGGACAGGGGUGUGAAGGAGAGAAUCGUCUCUAUCUCCGGAAAUAUGUCGGCUGUGAUUCAUGUUAUUAAGCUCUUUUGUCGAGAAUUUGCUUGGCUUACGGGUUCCCUGCUGAAAAUUACACGACACAAAUUGCCCAAUUCGACAGAUCGCAUUCUCUUCAUCUACGGCACAGUGGCGGCGAUUACGACGUGUCUUGAGGCAAUAUGUGCUCUGGUGAGAGAGAUCAAGGGAAGAUCGAACGAAAUACCAUACAUUCCACCAUCUGAAAAUGCCAAUGCCUAUACUGAGAUGCCUUCCUAUCCUCAAGGUCUAAAAUUCGUCACCUCCAUGAAUUACACACCCAGUGCUGUUCAGAAUGGUCGACGAAGCCCCACCGACUCAAAGGUAAGGCUUUGA